CAAUUAAGAAAAUUUGGUUCGUCUUCCUCGUAAAUAGAAAUGAUAUGAAAUGCUAACAAGUUGUAUUCACAGGUGUUUUCGAGUACAAGGGUAUCGACUUUGCUCAUAAUGUACGAUCUUUGACUGUGUGACUACUAAGUCAAGUGACUAGCCCUAGGCCUCAUGUGUUUAUGUUUUGUUAGCCUAUCCAGUCUUCGUUCCGAGCUCUAGAGAUCUAAUUUUUGAUAAUUUAAAUCUUGCUGACAGUUUUUGAAUAAAGAUCUAACAUGGAAGAUUCUGGUGAUGAUGAUGGAACAAACCAGUUCACUCAAAUGACAAAAACACAACUGGUGGAUUUUCUUGGAGCAAGAGGACUGAGCACCACAGGAACAAAACUUGCUCUCAUAGGUCGGGCCUUUGUGGCGUGGGAAACUGGCGUGACGGUAAAGUCUUCAACAGAAACGUUUCAAAAUCAGUUGAAAGAAGACUACAAGACAACCCUCAAGAAAUUUAGUAUUCCAGACCCAGUUUCAUUGCCUCCUGAUAGUUGGUCUGAAAAAGUUACGAAAUGGCCACCGGUGGACAUGGGGAAAAUCUUCAUGUACCUUCUUAGUACAAGUGAGUACAACAGAGACUAUAUAGGGAAGUACAAGACACAAAAGGCCUAUUCCUAUUUUGCCAGUAAGUUUGUUGGUACCAUUCUGUGGGCACAAGUGCCAGAUGACUGCGACAGAUGUUUCCUGACAUCGGAGGUAACACCGUCACAAAGCGUCAGAGGUGACACCCACAAACAGUGGAUCUUGUUGCGAAACACAGGAGAAAUCCUGACGUCGAUGUGCAGCUGCACUGCUGGCAUGUGCAGUACAUGCAACCACGUUAUUGCUGUGCUGUACAAAGUGGAGUUCGCUAUCAGUAACCAUCUGAACUCUGAAUCCUGCACAGAGACAAGCUGUGCGUGGAAUAAAUGUACUAAGAAAACUGUUGAGCCGAAAAGAGUCGAGGAAAUGGAACUCCGUUCUGACAGUGCCCCAAAGUACUCCUCUUCAGACACUGCAUCGGAAUCUCGGAAACGUAGACUGACGUUCGAUCCACGUCGAGACGGUGAGAACAAAAAGAACCCUGAAGAAGUUGUGAAUUUUCUGGAGGGUCUAUCGACGUUUGCACCCAAGUGUGCCUUAUUUUCUGGAAUGGCAGCUCAACUUCAGACAAAAAGUUUAGAGCCGAUAUCGAUGCCUCCAACCAUGCUCCAAGCAGCGGAACAAUGCAUCGCCAAGAACAGCGGUUUGGAUGACAAGGGAUUGUCAGAGAAAUUUGGUGAGUCUCUUGUGUACACUAGAGACCAGUGUAAGUUGUUAGAAGAGACAACAAGACAACAGGGAUCAUCAACAACUUGGCACAAUCACAGGAAGGGGAGGAUUACUGGAAGCAACAUUAAGCGGGUUGUGAGGAAAAUUGAAGAGCUCAACAGAAACGUUAAUGCCGCAACCACCUCUCUGACACAUCAUCUUCUGUCAGGCGGGCCAGACUUGUCCCACAUACCUGCCAUUAAGUGGGGCAGAGACAGUGAAGAAAGUGGCCUUCAGGAAUUUGAAGCUAGUAUGCAUUCUAAUCAUCUGAACGUCACCCUGAGAAGAGCUGGGCUCUACGUGAAGAGUACGCAUCCGUAUAUUGGUGCCAGCCCUGAUGCCGUCCUGCACUGUGACUGUCAUGGUCUUAGUACUGUGGAAUUGAAGUGUCCUUUCAAGUUGAAGGGAAAAAACAUUGUAGACAACUAUGCACAGACGGAUUUUUUAUGCAAAGGUGAAAACGGGGAUCUGGAACUGAAACGUGACCAUGCGUAUUACUACCAGGUUCAGACACAGCUUGCCGUCACUGGGUUUACAGCAGGAUUCUUUUGUGUGUCUUCUUUGGAUGGCAAGCCAUUUAUCAUACAAGUGUUAAGGGAUGACAAGCUGUGGGAAGACAUUCAGCAAAAACUAGUUGUGUUUUUUAAAGGGUAUAUUAGCAAGCACCUACUAGGCCUGAAAGAAUUUUUAUUCUGUCCAACUUGUGACAACCUGAUUUUGGAACCAAGAGAAUGUCAACAGGAGGGCGACAACAGUGUGUGUUGUGAUUCUUGUAACCUGUGGCACCACUGGACCUGUCAGGACUAUUCAAAAGACAAAGACACGUUCCUCUGCUCAUUCUGCACAGGGGACAACAUGGAAUAACAUCAUGCAGCAUACAACAUUGACUGUACAUACCAUCUCAACAGCGACAAAGUAAGUUUAUUUUAUCUUUCUCAGGCUCUGUCCACUGAAUGCAUCACAAUCACAAUUUUACUCAACAGUAACAACAAACAGCAAAAACAACAUUCCUCGUGUAGCUUUGUGUAAUUUUUAAAGUUAUCUUUAUUGCAUUGUUAGUUUUUGUUGACGAUGGUACUUUUCUAUAAUUUAUUAUUUGGUUUGGUUUGGGUGUAAUAUUACCGUACAUUGCUUGAUUUCUCUAUGCUGUCAGAGGAUCCAGUAGGUUGCAGAAUGCACUUUCAUUGUAAUUGUCAUUUUGAAGUCUGCUCGUCCUUUCUGUAUCUGCCUCUCCCAUAAUUUCCUUUUCUCCUCGUUUGAAACUCCAAACCAUUGCAUUUCAGUCACAUGGGAUCUCUUUUUAAUCAAUUGGGGUCUACUUCUUGUGUUACUGCAUGAACCAACACAACAAUGGUCGUACUUCCCCAUCUUGCUACUAGACUAAUGUUUCUAGAAUCUAGAUCUAAAUCUAGUUUAAAAUCUAAAAUUCAAUGAAAGAAACAUCUAUAGAACUAAGAAAGAUUAGUCCUACAUGAUGGUAUAUCGCUAGAUCUAGAUCUAUUAAAUUACCAGAAAUGUAGAUUCCACAAAACAAUGAUUUCCUCACUGUUAGUCUAAAAAAAUAAUAACGAAUGCCAAUUCCAUUUCACAAAAUUACACUUAUAUAAAAACACACAGUACAGUCACAUGAUUAGUAGAUCUUGGCCUGCGUGAGGCAAAGAGGGCAGCUGACAAAACACACUUUCAAAGGCAAACAACACACUUUCAAGGCAGUUUUUGCGUUUCUUAUGCCUAACAACUGAUACUAAAAUGAGAUUGUGCGUACGUUUGACUAGAUCUAGACGUUAGAUUGAAUUUAGGCGCCGAUUUAGUGUCCAUGUGCCAACUGCCCAAGGCUGUUGACAAUGUAAACAAAGGAGCAUUGCAGACCGGAAGUAACCCUGAGUACCCCUGGACAGUAUGGCGGACAUUACCGUGAAGAGGUCUAUUGCAUUUAUAUAGCAUUGAUGGUGUAGCUUUGGUUGUACCUUUCCUUUUGGAAGCUGAGAGAAAUUGAAGGCAGAAACUUGUUUAGAGUAUUACCAUGAAUAUCAUGGGGUUACGUUUCAGAACUUCCAGCGACAGGGGAAAAUCUGCAAAGUAUGAAAUAAUUAUUACACAUUGUACACCUUUAUAAACU